AAGGAUGUAUAAGAGAAUAACAGCAAAUCUACGUAGUAAAGAAGAAGAUGAAGACUUUUUUGAAUGGAAUCAAAUGUAUGUUCAAUAAGAGAUGGAAAGUGAUAUUGAAUGUUAUAGUUGUUCACUCUGUGAUAGACAAUUUGGUAAAAAUGAAUAUGAAUUGAAUGCUCAUUUAAAUUCUCAUGAUCAUAAGAAAUUAGAGAAAGAAUUUAGAAAACGAUACAAUAAUUUGAUUAUUGAAUAUAGAUUAAGCACAUAUUCUUAAAGAAUAGGAAGAAAAUUGAAAAAACUAUAGUACUUUAAGAGCAUUUAUGAAUACAAAUGA